AUGGUUAACGUUUUGGUGGUGGUGGUGGUGGUGCCAGGGUCUUCAGCGGGGCUCUCUGAGCAUGCGCAGUCGAGGCGCGGGGUUUGCUGGGCGGGGCCUGAAGCCCGGCGAGGCCGCGAUCCCGGAAGUGUGGAGUCCGGGGAACGAACGCUGAUUUCCUGUGCUGUCCGGGCAUUCCAGGAGCGGCACGUGGCUGCCCCGCCUCGGCCCGGGAGCGGCCGCGUCGCCCUGGAGCCGCGGGUCUCGGUCGCGGAAGCCGUGUCGUCCCUGACCUUCGAAGACGCGUUCGUGGCGGCCUGUGCGGGCCCCGCCCCGCCGCGCCCCGCGCUCCCCACCAGGUUCAUCUGCUCCUUCCCCGACUGUGGCGCCAGUUACAACAAAGCCUGGAAGCUAGACGCGCAUCUGUGCAAGCACACGGGGGAGAGGCCAUUUGUUUGUGGCUAUGAGGGCUGUGGCAAGGCAUUCAUCAGAGACUACCAUCUGAGUAGACAUGCUCUGACUCACACCGGAGAAAAGCCGUUUGUUUGUGAAGAUAAUGGCUGUAAUCAGAAAUUCAACACAAAAUCCAACUUGAAGAAACACAUUGAACGCAAACAUGAAAAUCCACAGAAACAGUAUAUAUGCAGUUUUGAAGGUUGCAUGAAGGCCUUUAAGAAGCACCAGCAGCUGAAAACACAUCAGUGCCAGCACACGGGCGAGCCACUCUUCAGGUGCCCCCAGGAGGGAUGUGGGAAGCACUUUGCCUCACCCAGCAGGCUGAAGCGGCAUGGGAAGGUUCACGAGGGCUAUCUGUGUCAAAAGGGAUGUUCCUUUGUGGCAAAAACAUGGACAGAGCUUUUGAAGCACAUGAGGGAAGCCCAUAAAGAGGAAGUCACCUGUGCGGUGUGCCAGAAGACAUUCAAGCGCAAAGACUACCUUAAGCAGCACAUGAAGACUCAUGCUCCAGAGAGAGAUGUGUACCACUGUCUGCGAGAAGGCUGUGGGAGAACCUACACUACCGUGUUCAACCUGCAGAGCCACAUUCUCUCCUUCCACGAGGAAGAGCGGCCGUUCGUGUGUGAGCAUGCUGGCUGUGGCAAGACGUUUGCAAUGAAACAAAGCCUUAUAAGACACAGCGUUGUGCAUGAUCCUGACAAGAAGAGGAUGAAGCUCAAAGUAAGACCACGUCGGGAAAGACGGAGCUUGGCCUCUCACCUCAGUGGGUACCUCCCUCCUAAAAAGAAACCAGAGCCAGACUCCUCCGAGCCUUUAGGCAGCAGCCCGCAAGGCCAGAUGCUCCCACCAGCUGCAUCACUUACCCUCCAGUGAGCAGCACUGACCACAUGAGGGACUCUAGAGCAGCCAGCAGGAGCUUCUGCAUGAGCUUGGACUUUUUUAUUAAAGUCAGUGACA